AGUUCUUUUUUAAAUGGACGUGUAACGUACAGAGUCGUCUGUACAUUUUUUAUUGGUCCUUCGAGCCGGAUAUCCGUUAUUAUACUUCAAGUAACAAAAUAAUCGCAAAAACGCCGUUUUGGACAACAGCAGCCGACGGAAAAAAGUGCACAUUACAAAGGAAACUCAACGUCUACCUUCAGUGAAUCCACAACGCAGCCGCUUGGUAUCUCUUUCUGGAUCAUCAUCGGAACAGUGGACACAAUCAGCAACUACCAUCAUCAAUUUCAUCCCUUCAGUCAACAAUUGAACAGUCUUCGAGUGGGCAACUUCAGGCGAAUCAAGUUUUUAACCACCAUUUGUCCCGACAACCUUCAGGAAUUUCACAAGUAAGAAUUUUGAUUCACUUUCCCUUAUUCCUUUCUACAUUAUCUUAUUACGUAUAUUGCUUCUAUUUUUUCUAAUUUCGAAGAUUUUAUUUACAUUUCUAAUAUGACUACGGAAUCGUUAAAAUCUCUAACUAAACAACGUGGUGUUGCGAAAGGUCAAAUUACACGCCUUCAAACCUUUUUAAAUUCACAAGAAAAUUUCACAUUGUCUGUAUUAGAAUUUCGUAAACUUAAAUUAGAGGAAUACUACAAUAAUUGGUGUGAUUUACAAUCCCAAAUAGAAUGUUUAGAUGAUAACGUAGAGUACGAUAAAGAUAGGGAGGAAAUAGAAAAUGUUUAUUACGUAUGUGCAGACUUAAUAUCAAAUCAAAUAGAAAAGUUAAGUUUAAAUAAUGGAUCAUCUAGUAGUGAAACGUUUCAAACCACCAGUCAUAAUGUAUCGCAAACUAUUUUACCAAAAAUUAACAUUAAACAAUUUAACGGGGACUUUCUAGAAUGGCAUGGUUUUCAUGAUACCUUUAAAUCGCUGGUCCACGAUAGUAAUGCUAUUUCGGCUAUUCACAAAUUUCAUUUACUUAAAUCAUACUUAAUAGGUGAUGCUUCAGCAGUAAUUGAGUCAUUAAAUGCUUCUGAAGAGAACUAUCUUGUUGCUUGGAACCUUUUGCAAAAAAGGUUCAAUAACCCCCGCAAAAUUAUUCAUAGUCAUUUACAAGCCCUUUUUGAGCUACCUGAGGUUACAAAAGAUUCAGCGAUAGCGUUAAGAUCUCUAGCAGAAAGAGCAGAAAUGCAUAUCAAUGCAUUGAAGGCAUUAAAUCAACCGGUAGAUUGGCAUGAGAUGUUAAUUUACAUAAUUUCUGCGAAAUUAGACAAACAAUCCCGAAUAAUGUGGGAACGAUCACUUGAAGAUAAUGUUAUGCCAACCUUUUCCGACUUUGUCUCCUUUUUAAAUAAAAUAUCUAGAGAUUCCCAACCAGUACCUUUAUUUAAAAAUAUAAAUAAUGCAUCCAAGUUUAAUCAAUUGCAUCAAAAAAGAGCCUCGUUUCAACAAAAUAAACGUGAUACUCAUUCCUAUACUUUCCAAUCAAAUUUAAAAUGUUCAAUUUGUUCACAAGGUCACUUUAUACACAAUUGUGACAAUUUUCUAAAAUUAACUCCUCAACAACGGUUGGAAGCUGCUAAAAAUUCACAACUGUGUAUAAAUUGUCUAAAAUCAAGUCACAAAACAUCCUUAUGUAAGUCAAGUUCUUGUAAAAAAUGUCACGGUAGACACAAUACAUUACUUCAUUUCGAUAAAAAUACAAGACAAAACGACAUCAGCUCUAUACAGCCUAAUAUUAGUAACGAGCCUGCUACGUCAGCAUUCACUACCAUUCAAUGCAACGAAAUCUUACUGUCUACAGCACGUAUUAUCGUAUUGGACAAGCAAAAUAAAGAACACGAGUGUAGGGUUUUGUUGGAUGGUGGUUCGCAGUCCAACUUUAUGACCGAAAGGUUAGCAAAUACAUUAAAUCUACAAAAACAGCAAAUUUAUUUACCCGCUUCUGGACUAGGUCAAUCUCAACAAAUUAUUCGGUAUAGCGUUAAAACAACAAUAAAAAAUAAGAAUAACACUUUUGCAGAGCAACAAACAUUUUUUGUUUUACCUACAAUAACUGCUAAACUACCUUCACGUGUCGUUAACCGCAAUAGUUUGGAUUUACCAAAAAAUUUACGUCUAGCCGAUCCAGAAUUUCACAAACCAGCAGAUAUUGAUAUGCUGUUGGGUGAAUAUAUAUUUUUUAAAUUAUUAUGUGUAGGUCAAAUAAGGUUAGCUAAUGAUACUACCGUUUUACAGAAAACUAGAUUAGGCUGGUUAGUAUCAGGUAAGGUCAAUACAAAUCACUCUAAUUCUAUACAUUGCCACUCCGCCUUAACUCUCGAGACACAACUCGAAAAAUUUUGGAAAUUAGAGGAUUGUACUGCCACAAAACAUUUAUCUAAAGAAGAAAUAGCAUGCGAGACACAUUUUCAAAAUUCUUUAAGCCGUGAUGACUCAGGACGUUAUGUAGUUCGGCUGCCGUUCAACGCAAAUCAAAAUAAAUUAGGCAAUACUUACAACUCUGCUCUAAAACGUUUUUAUUCCUUAGAGAAAAGAUUAACACAUAAUUCUAACUUACGUCAUGAAUAUUGCGAAUUCAUGAAUGAAUAUAUAAGUUUAGGUCACAUGUCUAAUAUAACCCAUUCAGCUAACAAAAAUUCAGGUUACUAUUUACCACAUCAUGCUGUAGUCAAGGAAACUAGUACUACAACUAAAGUCAGAGUGGUUUUUGACGGCUCAUUAAAAUCGGACACGGGACUUUCCCUCAACGAUACGCUCAUGGUUGGUCCAACAAUCCAAGAUGAUGUUUUUUCAUUAAUUGUCAGAUUUCGUACACAUAAGUACGUAUUAACAGCAGAUAUUGAAAAAAUGUUCCGACAAAUCAAUGUUCACGAAAAUGAUACAAAUUAUCAAAAAAUUUUAUGGCGCAAUAGUCCUGACGAACCAGUUCAAACAUUUAAAUUAAAUACUGUAACAUAUGGUACCGCAUCUGCCCCCUUCUUAGCGGUUCGGUGUCUCAAACAACUAGCAGUCGAUGAAAGCACAAAAUUUCCUUCAGCUUCUUUAGUUUUAGCAAACGAUUGCUAUGUAGAUGAUCUUUUAACGGGUACUUCUACUUUAGAAGAUGCUUCAUCAGGGAGAGAAGGUAAACCGGUUUCGAUCAGAAUUUGUAUGUUUCUGACGAACCAGGGGUGGUCUAAAGCGGAGCGAAGAAUUCGCAUGUAUGUGCCUUGCAAAGGUUUCAGGCGGUGGGGAAAGGCGCAGCCCCAGACGGGAAUUGCAUAG